UAUUAGGUGGGUCACUGGCAGCAUCUGCAAAACUGACAUUAUCUUUGAUCAUGACCAAUUUGUUUUUGUUGUUGACGUUUUUGCCUUUAAAACUGGAAGUCUGAACCCUGUUGGUGCUGCUGUUGGUAACUCUUUGGUUUGUUUGGUGGCUUUAUUUAUUUAUAUCUGUUAUUUAUGUGAUAAACUGUAAAAUCCCCGUCAGAGGGUGAGGGUGUGUGAGGUUUAUGGUUGGUUGGUGUUGGGUUUUAUUUUUGUCUGGGGUGUGUACGGUUUACCGUCUGCACGGUGCAUAACUCUGUUAAAUGCUGUGAACAAACACAGCCACGUGAGGUAAAUGACCUUGAUACUACAUUCUUCUUUUGUUCCAGAGCAGAGAGAGUUUAUGUUUAAUUAAAAAAAAGAAAUUAUGCUAAACUGUUUUCAUACUGUCAUGUUCUUGAUGUGAUGAUGAUGAUGUCCAUCUGGUACCAAUCCAGCUACUGUGGCACUGUACACCUCCAACAACAGUGUGACGAUCUCUUCAAAAUACGCCCCAGUUUGAAACAAAAUGUUAUAUUUUCCGAUACAAAACCGACGGUGAGCAGGUCGGAGUUUCCUCACAUGUACAGUCCAGUGGGUUAGAGCUGGUGGCACGUGGUAGCGCCCAUGGACUACCUUUCUCAAAAUAAACCUAGUCAACAACAGGGCCAAAAACUGCACUGUUACUGUGCUUUCUGAAUCAGUCACACCUGCAAUGAUAUUCAAAUGGGUCCAAUGAUGAUGGUAAGGUGUCUGCUAUUGUAUGUCCCAGAACUGAUUAUAUUAAUAUUGUUCAGGAAGUCUGUAUCGGACAAGUAGCUCUUUGUAUUACUAAGUGCCCUUGAUGCAGCUCUAUUUCAAACAGAUCGGUAAUCCCUGUGUUAGACUGUGUUUAUUCUUUUUUGGACUGUUGUGUUUAAAGCUCUUCAAAUACUUUCCUCAUCUAGUUUGUCUUAUUUAUGAAAUAAUCUGCCGAGUAUUCCAUUUUGUUACGCACCUGCAACUAUUGCAAGAUUUUUCUCCUGACACGAGGAAAUUGACCUCAUACCGCAUAAAAGCAAAUGUUGUCUAACCUAAUAAAUGACUAUUUGUUCUAGCAGGUUAAAACCCUUAAAGUAAAUAAGACUUUAAUGCUAAUCUCACACAGAUCACCUCCUAUAUUUACAACAGUGUGAGGAAACUUGGCAGUGAACCUAAGUGCUAACAUCGAUGUAAUCCCUGCUGCUGCUGCUGCUGCUGCUGCUGCUGCUGCUGCUGCUGCUGCUGCUGCUCACCCUUCCGGUCUAAAGAAGCAAAUGUCCACACUUCGUCUCUGUCACAGCUGAAAAAUCUUUUCCUUUUAUUCCAGCAGAUAGCUGAGCUUUGCAAACAGGAAGUGCUGGGAUAUCACUUCCUGACAGAUAUGGGGAAUUUUUUUGUGAUGAUUCACCAGGACAGUAUUUGCUACUAAAACCCAUUUCUUUGUGACUUGUUACACAAUUCUAUCCAUUUUUAAGCAGUCAUGGCUGCAGAGCAGGCUCAGCUCCAGAAAUGCUCAAAUAAUCGUCGCUGUACCAUCCCUCACGUCUCGGUGUUUAUGGAGGACAACAAAACUUUCCCUUUUGUGGAAAAGAAUAAAUUAAAAGCAUGGAAUUCAAUGGAUGACCUCAACAGUGCCUGCAGGAAGUGCUCUAAAGACGGGGAUAGAUUUAAUUGGCAGCAAAACAUCAGUGUUAAUGUUGGAGGACAAGUGUUCAAAAUCCCCAAAGAGUGUGCCGUCAAAUACCCUAACACCCGGAUCGGCUCUUUGGUUCUCUGCAGCGACAGAACGCAGCUCCUGGCUUGGUGUGACGACUACUCGGUUCAGAAGAAUGAGUUCUUCUUUGACCGUGACCCUUCCUUCUUCCACCAUAUUUGCCAUUUCUACACAAGUGGAGUUCUGUGGGUCAUUCGGGAGAUGUGUCCUAUCAACUUUGAAGAGGAAAUCGCAUACUGGGGCCUGAACCUGAAGGACACUCAACGCUGCUGCUGUAUGAUGUUCGAGGAGAAGGUGGAUGAGGUAAAGGACUACCUGAAGGUGGAGAGGGAGCUAAUGGCUGAGGUUGAGGUGAAGUGCUACAAUGAGUCCUUUAAGGACAUGAUCUUUGGGAAUGUGAGGAAAACUCUGUGGAAUACUGUUGAGUAUCCCUACUUUUCAACUGUGGCCAAGGCUUUCAACAUUCUCUCAAGUCUACUUGUGCUCUUCUCCAUCACGGCAAUGACGCUUAGCACUGUAGAGGACCUGCAGAUGUAUACUGUUCAUGGAAAGACCUACAUGGACUGGACGGAGAUCAUCACCAUUGUGUUCUUCACCUUUGAAUAUUUUGCACGCCUCAUAUCCACACCCAAACUCAGAGUGUUUUUGAUGAGCGGACUCAAUUUUGUAGACCUGUUGGCCGUGGUUCCUUAUUUCUUUCAGCUCAUCUUUGAGCUCCUGACUACAGAGGAAGAUGGUAGCAGGAAGGACGACUCUGGAGCCAUGGCCUGUGUCAACAAUAUUCAGCAAGCCCUCAAAGUCUUUAAGUUCCUCAGGGUCUUUCGGAUUUUUAAGCUAGCUCGACACUCCACCGGCAUGAGAGCGUUUGGAUUCACUUUGCGUCAGUGUUAUCAGCAGGUCUCUUGUAUUUUCCUCUUCAUCGUUUUAGGAAUCUUCAUGUUCGCUGCACUCCUGCAUUCAGCUGAGAGGGAAACCGAGGGAUCCUCCAUCAGCAGCAUCCCGUACGCGUGGUGGUGGGCCGCUGUCAGCAUCUCUACUGUGGGCUAUGGGGAUGUGGUUCCUGUAACCGUCCUGGGCCGUCUGGUGGCCUUUGGCUGUAUCUCAUUUGGUAUCAUCUUAAAUGGUAUGCCCAUCUCUUUCCUCUUCAACAAGUUCUCGGAUUACUAUACCAAGCUGACGUCCCAGGAGUACAGCACUACGACAGUGAAGCGGCGUUUUCAGCUGAGGAGGCGUCUCAGACAGCGAAUGGACGUGUGUUUCCAUCCCUCAGAUGUAGGGCGUAGUGGCGGCAACUGCACAGAGUGUAAGGGUAAAUGUGGUGGGACUCUAUAGAUGACAAUGACUUGCUUUUACACGUGACUCAUUGCUGUAACUCACUGGCAACAGCCACAGGAAUGUAAGGACACCGCACGGGGGGACGUUGAGAACACAGAGGAAGUUGAGUCUUAAAAGGAAGUGCAGUACAAAUGACCAGUGAUGUUUUGGGUUUUCAAUUGUUUUGGUUUGUAUUUUGACUCAGUGACAUGAAUGUUGUCAGUUUGCGUUCUUUGCGCGAUGCAGUCUAGAGCAUUCACCGCGAAAAGGUGUGUGGUUUCAACACAUUUAUACGAGUACGUUUUUUGUUUGAUUUUUUUUUUCUUGAAGGUAAUGCCAACCUUUGUAACAAUAAACAUUGAGGUGUGACCUGCUACAUUUGCUCUGCUGUAACACUUUAACGAAUAUGUCAACAUUCCCAUUUUUGCUGUACACAUCACACAACUAUGGUUUAGUCUCACAGUAAAAUUCUUAACCCCUUUUUAAAUUAACCAUGUAGACACAGAGAGCACACAGCAGCGGAUUCUUAUUUAGAAACAAUAUGUUGGUAAAGAUAACGAUUACACUUUAAAAGAUUGAAAUGGCUCGGUUCUUUGACAGAGUAAUUUUUAUAAAAUCCUGUUAUUUCUCCCUGUGUCGUGUAAACAAGUCAGUUUUCAUAUUUACUGAAAAAAGUAACUCUUUCCAUCUCAUAGAUAUCAUCCCUGCAGCCAGUAGAACUCCCGUUAGAUAUGUAUCUAGAUUUUUAAUAUUUGGAGAAAUGUAUCCAAAGUACAUGGUUUUAAAUUGUAGUGAUAUGUUUGUCUAUUAAAGGUAAUGGUAAUGGAAUUUCACAGGAGGGAGUUAAUUUGCUAGCCGUCGUGCUCUGUUUGCUUCUAAUAAAGACUGAGUUUAUCCUGA